AUGGCGAUACACAAAGAUGAUGCAGAUUUAAAUAUUAAACAGGGGGAUGAACAAUUAGAUCAAAAUAUACAUUCCAACGUAGCUGGAAGCAACACGAAAUACUUGACUAUAAAAGAACUAGGACAUGGCAUUGCAGUAUCUUUGUGUGCAGCAACGGCGGUUAGUGCCAUAUUGUCUAUUCUGCGGUUUUUUGCGAAGGACUUCAAGUUGUACCAAGACUUUAACCCCACACUGACUGAGUAUAUCAAAAUAUGUGAUAUAGCCAGCAUAGUUAUUCCGGCUAUCUUCUUGGGUCUACUGGCCCUUUAUCUGCUCCAGUGGUUUUGGGCUUCGCACAACUUUCGUGGUGCUCUGCUCCGAACUCUGGUUUGUUUAGCCGCCGGCGCAAUAGCGACCGGUAUUCUUGUGGCGUUGGGUCUGUUUAUACAGAACACAGCCGGCACAAUUACAACAAACCAGAGCAUUAUCAAAGCUACUUCAACCGCACUCGCCCUCCUUGUCUUUCUUAUUCUUUCUAUUCGAGGCAGAAUCAAGCUCUACAAAGCCACCAAAUCCAUCUGGCGGGCGGUCAUUGCCAUAACACUAAUUUUCCUCAUUGCGCUUGGUAUCACAGUUAUUUUCGGCUGCAUGGCCUUUGAGCCCACAGCCAUCCGAUACUACAACAACGAAAUUAGUCGACAAGUCAGCCAGAAUGCAGAAAGAGCUUGGAAUUCACUCUUCUCAUAA